GUAAGUAAGUAAGUAAGUAAGUAAGUAAGUGAGUGAGUGAGUGAGUGAGUGAGUGAGAGCGAGGACUGCGUGUUGAGAGGCGCGCGCGUGUGGGAGAGUAAGCGAGCACGAGAGGCUGAAGCAAAUGGCUUGCCUGAACACCCUCAAGCAGGAGAUCAGGACCCUUGAGUCCGUCUUUUCCAAGAGCCAUGAGCGCUUCCAGAUAAUGUCGGCGAGUGUCGACGAGCUCAGCUGUAGGUUCGUCGGCAAGAACGGCAAGAAGUACGAAAUACACGCCAAUAUCACAGAAACUUAUCCUUCGACGCCACCAGUAUGGUUCGCCGAGUCAGAGGAAACAAGUGUCACAAAUGCUGUACAAAUUUUGAGUAAUACCACUGGCCUUGACAACCAUGUUAUUAAUCAAGUAGGAAUCCUUUUGAAGGAAUUGUGCCGCCUACAUUCCUUGCCUGAACCACCAGAUGUUGAACGCCUUAGAACAGCUUUCGACCCACUUAGAUUAAGUGGAUCAACGGACGCUGUACCGCAAAGAAUGGAGUCUGAAGAUACGGAAGAUCUUGACGACGACGAAGAAAGCGAAGCUGAGGAAGAUCUUCAUUUAGAUAUGGAUGAGGGUGAAACUAAUACUAAGAAUAAGGGCGAUGAGAUGGCGUUAGAACAUCUUGCGACACUAGAAAGGUUGAGACAAAAUCAAAGACAAGAUUAUUUAAAAGGUUCUGUUUCUGGAAGUGUACAAGCUACCGAUAGACUUAUGAAGGAGCUUCGUGAUAUAUAUCGCAGCGACAGUUUUAAAAAAGGAAUGUACAGCAUAGAACUUGUAAACGAUAGCCUAUACGAAUGGAAUAUUAGAUUGAAAUGUGUAGAUCCUGAUUCUCCAUUACACAAUGAUCUGGUACUUUUAAAGGAAAAGGAAGGAAAAGAUAGUAUAUUAUUAAAUAUGCUCUUUAAGGAGUCUUACCCGUUUGAGCCACCUUUUGUGCGGGUGGUAUAUCCUAUGAUAUCUGGCGGCUAUGUUCUAAUAGGGGGAGCAAUUUGUAUGGAAUUAUUAACAAAGCAGGGCUGGAGUUCGGCGUACACAGUGGAAGCAGUAAUAAUGCAAAUUUCGGCGACGCUGGUCAAGGGAAAGGCGCGUAUACAAUUCCAACCGACUGGCGGUGGUGGUAAAGUUUGCAGUGGACAGGGACAAUAUAGUCUUGCACGAGCGCAACAGUCCUUCAAGUCGCUCGUCCAGAUACACGAGAAAAACGGCUGGUUUACACCACCAAAGGAGGACGGCUAAUAAUGAUAGUGCGAGGGAGCGACAAUAUCGACGCGUGCGCUUACAUUUGAGACUUUUAUUCGGUAAAGUGUGCCGAACAAAUAAUAGUUGCGAUAAAUGAUUUGAUACACAAACACUACAUUAACUAGAUAACUUAAAACUUAAGAUACUGAAUUAAUCAUAUGUAUAAUUCCUUUGAUUACUAAAGGGUUGUCGCGCAAAGCAAGUGAUUUGUUUGAUUGUCAUAUCUGUCUUAGUUUCCUUAAAAACUAUUCGCGCAGUUAAUUAGCGUUUAAUUUAGCGAUUUUUGUUCGGCGGGAGCAGUUUUAUGUUCGUGAAAACUUGAUCGCUUGUUUUUACUUAGUUUCAAUCAAAUAUGCCCGUUAUUGUUUGUUUGAGAAAAAAAAAGUUAGUAUUUGUGCAAGUUUUAACUUUAUUGGAUAAUCGAAGAUAUAUAUAUAUAUAAAAAAAAAG